AUGGCCUCGCUGGACCUGCCCUACCGCUGCCCUCGCUGCGGGGAGCACAAGCGCUUCCGCAGCCUGUCCUCGCUGCGGGCGCACCUGGAGUACAACCACACCUACGAGACCCUCUACGUCCUCUCCAAGACCAACAGCAUCUGCGACGCCGCCGUCUUCCCCCUGGCCGCCGACGGGGCGCUGCUGACGCCGGCCGCCCGCCGCGAUUACUUUGAGAGCACGUCCUUCCAGGGCAAGGACCAGCGCUUCUCCUGCGACCUCGUGCCGGCCGAGGAGCUGGAGCCGGCCCCGUCCUCCUCCCCUUCGCCCCGUUAUGUCCACGAGAUCGAGAUCCCGCUGAGCGACAUCUUCACGCGGGGCAAGGCCGUGGCGCAGGGCCCGGCGCCGCCGGCCGCCGUGGACUCGGCCUACGAGGAAGGUUUGGCCCGCUUGAAGAUCAGGGCCUUUGAGAAGCUGGAGGUGGACAAGAGGCUGGAGAAGCUGACGGAGGAGGUGGAGCAGAAGAUCGCCUCGCAGGUGGGACGGCUCCAGGUGGAGCUGGACCGCAAGAGCUUGGAGCUGGAGAAGGCCAAGCAGGAGAGCCUGAGGCUCAGCCAGGAGAAGCAGGAGCUGGAGGACAGGGCGUCGGAACUGUCCCGCCAGGUGGAUGUGAGCGUGGAGAUGUUGGCGUCCCUCAAGCAGGACCUGGUGCAGAAGGAGCAGGAGCUCACCCGCAAGCAACAGGAGGUGCUGCAGAUCGACCAGUUCCUGAAGGAGACAGCAGCCCGCGAGGCCAACGCCAAGGUCCGGCUGCAGCACUUCAUCGAGGAGCUGCUGGACCGGGCUGACAGGGCUGAGAAGCAGCUGCAGAUCAUCAGCAGCAGCUGUGGCACCACCCCCAACGGCAGCCUGGGCCGCUGCGGCACGCCGGGCACCAAGGCAGCCGGCCGGCCGGCACCUCCGCGGGCACAGAGAGACCGUCACCCGGGGCCAGGGGUGUCUGUGCACGGUCCCUACGGCGUGUCCAACCUCCGCUCCUCCUCCAGCACCGGGGCCUCCAGCCGUGCCAAGGCCGUGUCGCAGAGCUCGGGCUGCUAUGACAGCGACAGCGCGGAGCCGUGUCCCACCGACGACACGGCCGACGGGCAGCCCUACGCGGCACGGGACGGCGCCCGCGGCUCGGGGCUGCGCCGACAGGCCAUCCAGAACUGGCACCGCCGGCCCUACCGCAACAGCACCGAGGGAGAGGAGGGAGACGUGUCCGACGUGGGCUCCCGCACCACCGAGUCAGAGGCCGAGGGCUGGGAGCAGGAGGCGCCGGGAUGCGGAGCGGCACGGCCCGCGCGGCUGACGGCCAGGACCGAGGGGGCCGGGGGUAAGGCGAGCCGGCUGGAGAGGGGCAGCCCAGGCCACUCCAGCGAGGUGAUCAGCCCUGAGAUCCUCAAGAUGAGGGCAGCUCUCUUCUGCAUCUUCACCUACCUGGACACCAAGACCCUGCUGCGAGCGGCUGAGGUGUGCAAGGACUGGAAGUUCGUGGCCAGGCACCCGGCGGUGUGGACGCGGGUGCUGCUGGAGAACGCCAGGGUGUCCUCCAAGUUCCUGGCCAUGCUGUCUCAGUGGUGCACACAGAUGCACUCCCUCACCCUCCAAAACCUCAAGCCACGCCAGCGAGGGAAGAAGGAGAGCAAGGAGGAUUACAUGAAGAGCACAAGGGGCUGCCUGGAAGCCGGGCUGGAGUCCCUGCUGAAGGCCACGGGCAGCAACCUGCUGAUCCUCCGCAUCUCUCACUGCCCCAACGUGCUGACGGACCGCUCGCUCUGGCUGGCCAGCUGCUACUGCCGGGCCCUGCAGGCUGUCACCUACAGGAGCUCCACAGACCCUGUGGGUCAUGAAGUCAUCUGGGCCCUUGGAGCAGGUUGCAGAGACAUCAUCUCCCUCCAGGUUGCACCUCUGCACCCCUGCCAGCAGCCCACUCGCUUCAGCAACCGCUGCCUGCAGAUGAUCGGGCGGUGCUGGCCGCACCUGCGGGCGCUGGGCAUCGGGGGCGCCGGCUGCGGCGUCCAGGGACUCGCCUCCUUAGCUCGGAACUGCAUGAGGCUUCAGGUCCUGGAGCUGGAUCACAUGGCAGAGAUCAACCAGGAGGUUGCAGCAGAGGUGUGUCGAGAGGGGCUGAAGGGGCUGGAGAUGCUGGUGCUGACCUCCACGCCGGUCACCCCCAAAGCCCUGCUGCACUUCAACAGUGUGUGCCGGAACCUCAAGUCCAUCGUGGUGCAGGUGGGCAUCGUGGAUUACUUCAAGGAGCCCCACAGCCCUGAAGCCAAGAAGAUGUUUGAAGAAAUGGUGAACAAGCUCCAGGCCCUGAGGAAGAGACCAGGCUUCUCCAAGAUUUUACACAUCAAAGUGGAAGGAGGCUGUUAG